AUGAAAGAAUUGAGAGAUAUGCUGAACAAGUUGAGCCAAAAAGAUUUCAAAUUUGAUAAAGGAUGUGCUACCACUUGUGAAUCAUCAAGUGAACAAAUACGUAUUCCACUCAAGUGUUCAUCUGUGGACGGAAUAAGUUCAGUACUAAAUGCGAUAAAACUGGAAAAGACGACAAAUAGUCUGAAUAGAAUUGCAGAACAGAUGUCAGCGGAGUUCAAUGAAACUGUAUCAAUAAGACUGAUUCCUGAAAAGAUGGAACUUCAUAAUGUGUUUAAAAAAACAGAAGGAUCAAGCUCUCCUGUUAAAAACGAAUAUAAGACAGAAAAAUGGGCUCCUGAUGAAAUAGAUGAAACGGACAAAGACGUUUUAAGGCGACAUGCAGUUGACAAACAGAACGCGGUAUCUGCAGCGCAAUCAUCGUCUGACGACAAAAUGGCGGAGUAUGCUAUAGAAAAUAAAGAGCCAGAACUGGAAACAGCAUGUGGUUUCUCAAGAAAUACACUUCAGACUCGUUUUAAGGAUGUGAUAGUUGGUGUGAAAAGAACAGAAAGCGAAUUAGGUUCAGAAGGAUCAAGCUUACCUGGUAGAAAAGAAUAUGAGACAGAAAAAUGGGUUUCUGGCGAAACAGAUAUACGUAUCUUGCUUGUUGGAAGGACAGGUCAUGGAAAAAGUUCAACGGGAAAUUCGAUUGUUGGAAAAGACAAGUUUGCCGUAGCAUUUUCAGCAAAAUCAGUUACAGAUACCACCAGGUGGUCAGGGGUAUGUACUCGAUUUGGAAAAACUAUCGAAGUGGUUGAUACUCCAGGCAUUUUUGACACUGAUAAAACGGUGCGUGAAAUACAUAAAGAACUUACCCUAUCACUUUUAUUGGCAACCCCAGGUUUCCAUGCAAUCGCGUUUGUUCUCGAGAUAGGUCGGUUUACAGACGAACUUGUAAAAACAAAGAAUUUGUUUUUCGAAUGGUUUGGCAGUGGUGUUGAUAAAUAUGCAUGCAUUAUUCUUACCAGAACAGAAAACGAAAAAAUGGUUGAUGAUUAUAUUGCCACUGAUACAACGGGAGAUUUGCAAGACUUGAUACGAAAAUGCGGUGGAAGGACAAGAAUAGCUCCUAUCGAAAAUAAAUCAAGUGACGUAAAACGAAAGGAAGCUCAAGUAAAACGGAUAAUAGAAAUGGUGGAAGAAAUAAAGAAGACUAACAACAAUACUCACUUUACAAAUGUAGCUUUCCAAUUAGCGACUGUUUAUGCUUACAAUAGGGGGUCAGAAUUAUUGUCACCGGAUACAAUUUACAUAUUAAGGAAUGCUGGUGUGCAGGUGUCUGACAACGAUUGUAAAAUGAUUGACGACUUUGCUUCUGGUUCGAGCACUAUUGACGAAGUAAAGAAAGUCUACCGAAGAAGAAAUAGAAAUAUUGAUGUUAAUUCUGAACGCGUCACUUAUUUGUCAGAUAAAGGUUUCAACAAUGAUAUUAGUAUAGACGUUCCUGACGAUCAAACAAGGGUAGAUUCCAGAACUGGUACUUCUGAUACAGACCCUUUAAAGGAGCUUAAAAACGACAUUAAAAGUGGUCGAAAAGAUGAAACUGGAACUUUAGCAAUAAAAAACUUUAAAUGCAUUAUAGUAUAAGCAUCUAUAUUUGAACUUUGGAACUUCUGCGCGAAUAAAUGAUAUAUUAUUAUAGCUGAUUUUCAUUUUCAUACUAUUGAACAUACAACCCAAUGAGAUGGCGAAAGAGUUUUGACGUUAUCAAAAGUCGAUCUUGGCAGGGUGGUUAAGGUCUUCAAAUUCUUUGACUCUCACUGCUGUUAAUUCGAAUUUCACCAGGACUUCAGAGUUUUCAUGUGUGGAAGCUUAAAACCAAGAACGAAAAUCAAGGACUCAGUCUAAAAAAAUAUGAAAAACUUUGAAAAACUCGAAGAAAGAAAGAGAGAGGGGGGGAGAGGUAAUAACAGUUAAACAAUAAUUCAGGAGACAACUCGGCUCAUUUAAAUACACAAUAGCUUUAAAGUACGUUUGAUAAAAUGAGUUUUUACUAAAUUUUUCCAGAUUUUUAUACCUUCUUUGUUACGUUCAUAUUUUGUUCUUCAUAUUUUUUAUGACGACUUGCGUUUUUUACUUUUUGAAGAAAUGAUUUAUAUAUCACGGGAUGGAAACUGUUACACGAUAACUUGUCACGUCUACUACCAGAAGAAUUUCGUCUCUCAUAUAAUAUUUCGAACCUCGUAUUCAUGUAAUUAGUAACAUGAUAUAUUUGUGUAUAAAAAGAUGCUUAUAAAUUGUAAAAUUUGAUACAUAUUCAAAGAUAUUCGUUCAGUCAUUGGCCCAAAAUGUUAGGAUGAAAACGAACAAACACUCUUAUAACGCAAUUAUUUAGCAUGCCAAGCAUUUAUAUUGAACAGGAAAUUUUUGUAUUGUUUAAUUAAUAUAUUUAUUUAUUAUUACUCUUUCUUUUAAAAAAAAGAUAUGUUGUUUAAAGAAUUGUUAUUUAAGAAAAUCUAUCUCAAAAUAUACCAUUCAUUCCAAAGAUUUCAAGAUUUUAUUCAAAAACCAAUGCAUAUGCAAUAUAAUAUGCAUAAGGUUACGAAAGGUUAACAACAUUUGAUACUGAACAGUUAUUCAAAAGGGAUUAACG